AUAACUAAUUCUUAACUAAAAUAGUUAUGUGCAUUGUGCUUAUUGUGUCAUAACUGCACUUAUACAGUAUUUGUAGUAUUACAUGUGUAUUACAUGACCAGUGUGUCAUGAAGUAAUUCCAUAUAAACCUUAACAGCCAAUGAAAAAAUAUUGGUAUAGUACAAUUUUCAAAUUCACGAGAUCAAAACAUCCUUUAUUAAACCGCUUUGUCGAGAAGUGUCGAAAUUCUGAAUUAAUUAAUUCACUUCUAACAGCACUUAAAGGGGACAGUGUCAUACACAUAGAGGGCAGAGUGUCACUUUAUUUGAAAGGGAAGUGUUGGGAGGAGGGAGAAACACAAGGGGAAAGAAAGGGAGGGCAGGAGUAAGAGAGAAGAUGAGAUCACUCACACCCAAACAAUAAUAGGAAACAUCUAUUGAAGGGAGCGAGUAGGAAGAGAGGAGGGAUUGAAGAGAGGCAAACUCACAGAAAUAUCUGAUAGAGAUCAUGAGUUCACGCAUUUAUGAGUAACAAAAGAUUAAGUAGAUCUGAUCAAGCUUUUAUAUGUAGUUUGGGGUAAUAUAGGGUUGACUGAAAUAAUAAUGCAAUAACUGACACUUUAAAUCAAUGUUUCAAGCAACAAUCAACAAAACAAUUGAACAAAAAAAACAGAUAAAUAUAAAAAGUAGCCAUUGAUCAUAUCUAAACAUGUAUCCAAAUGUAAUCAAAUUAAAGGGAUGGUUGAUUGCGAUGUCACUUUUUUAACGUUAUUGUUGCUGUUUGAGCAUAAACAAUUUCUGCAAAAGUUACAGCGCUGAAAAUACAAUGUAAAUGGAAAUAUCAUCUUUUUAAAAUUCUGGCAGUGUAAUGCCUACAAAAACAGCUUGUAAGGGACUCAAACAAGCUUCUUCCCGGGUCCAUUACAUCACAAACCCAGAUAAACCCCGCCCCCUGGAAACACGCACCAAAGAGGCGAGGCCAUUUCCUGCUGCUUUAGAGAAGAGGAAGAGGAAACUAGUGGUGCACGUAAAAAUCUGUUCAUGCAUGAAUCGCGAUUCUGUCUUCUAACGAUUCUUAUGAAUUCAGAAGUUUCAAAACCAAUGUUCUAACGAAGCAGUUCUCAAUACUGUUCCUCGCGUUGCACUAUUGUACAUUUAUAUUUAUCACACAAACCAUUUUGAACAACCACAUGAUAAAUACCCAUAGCAAAAUAUCAAGGGAACAAAAAUAAGUUGUAAAUGGCAGUUGUGAAAUCUCAUUCUAAUUGCAAACGUUUUCUUUUCACAGUCAAGGCUCUCGCAUAAAAUCUCAAAGCAUUACUAAAUUCACACAAGCUGUGUGUCAGUUAUAAAAAGAACUGUAAAACCACAAUGAGAUUUCAUAUUGCUAUUAGGAGAUCAUCCAUAACUGCUCAGAAGACAUCUUACUGAUCAAGAGGAAAGGUGAUAGUUCAUUGUGGAGGGCUGUUGCCCCCUUGCCAGGCCUGUGAAAAUGAUAAAACAAAACCAAAGGACACUACAAGGAGGACAGUUCGACUGCACAUUCUGCCACAUCCACUUCCCAACAGAUGAGGAACUGAAGAACCACUGUUUCACUGUGAAUCACAGGAGACUGAUCUUUGAAGAUACAGGUACCUCUCAGUCUUGGAAGUACAGAGAUCCACCACCAACAUACAAGGACCUGAAACUUUGUCAAAGGUCCCUGAUAUGCGAGUAUGGUGAUGACUGCCCAGAGGCACACAGUCAAGAAGAACUUUGUGAAUGGCAAAAGAGAAUCAAGACUUCAAGAAAAAGAGCCAGAGAUGCUGCCGAGAUGGGUCUACUGUCCUAUCAGGACAAACUUUUGGAGGAAUACAGACACUGCAAUGACAAGACAAUUAUUGUCAGCGACACCCUUCCUGAUGUUUCUAUCAGCUGUGACCCAGAUAUAGACAGUGUGCAUGUAAGGAAAAAGGGAAUACAGUGCACAUGGAAUUUUACCAUUAAAUCCAAGGAACCUCUAGAGAUUAUUGCUUUAUUGAAACGGGAACUGGGGGCAAAAUUCAGCCUCGGCAAAGACCCCAAUGAGGAACGGACAUAUUCCAGUAGCGAUUGGUUUAAAAACAACCAAACAGAUUAUGAAAUCCCAGUGUCCUUCAAAUCUGACCAACCAGGCAAGUAUGAGCAGUGGGUAGUGUUUGACUUCAACACGAGACCUGUACUACGACAAAAAAUCAAGGUCAGAGUUGGAGAGGAUGAGUGCAAGGGAUCACCAAUCACAUGUCCAACAUCUGACGUUCCCAAAGAAAAACAAGAGUCUGACGGGAAUCUUGAGCCCUGGAAUGAGGAAAGCAUGAAAAUCAUUCCUUUCUUUGAAAGAGAAGAGGCAGAGAGAGAGCUGAUAAACAGAUACAAGCUCAUCAAGAUAGAUGAGAUGAACAGUGUGAUUAACCGUGACAACUACAAAAACAACAUGCACAAUUUUUUAUAUCGAGAGGAAAGAAAGGAAAGUACACUGCUUAAAAAGCUAAAUCUACGAGACACUGUGCAGUUGAAAAAUCAACUGUCUGAUGUCAGCUUUGGAAUGAAAUGUGCUUAUCCCGGGACACUUCUUGCUGCUGUGCCUCUGUCUCACACACUCACCCCUGAUGCUCCUCAAGGUUUCUUAGUGAAAAGACAUGCUAUCAGAUCUCUUGUUCGUGUCGUGAAAAACAAUGAUUAUAUUGGGCCUAUUUAUGAGGCUCAAUUUUUGAAGGAUGCUGCCAGUGAGACACAAAUAGUAUUGCAGCUUUCCAGAAAGUGCUGCACUGAUUUGAACCUGCAGAAUGGACAGCAGUGUGAGAUGGAAGUCCAGUUCCAGCUAAAUCGCCUCGGGUUCUGUGAGAUGCACAAGGCCGUUGAUGAUCUCCCCAACUUAGACAAAGUUUUGCCCGAUCUGAAAAACAGCAAGUUCUGUAUUUCUUCCCAGUCAGAUUCAGGAGAGUUAAAUGAGAGGCAGCAAGCAGCAAUGAACUUUGUUCUUGGUGUAACAGACAACAGAUGCAGCAUCCCACCUUUGUUGAUUUAUGGACCUUUUGGAACAGGGAAAACUCUAACCCUUGCAAAGAUGACCCAAGCUCUUGUGCAGCAACCACAGAACAAAAUCCUGAUUUGCACACACACAAACAGUUCUGCUGAUCUUUAUGUAAAAGGUCAUUUUCAUGAAUAUGCAACUCUUCAUCAUGAAGCCAAACCACUAAGAAUAAAGGCAAAGGAAAGCAAUCCAAGAUCUACUGAUACCAUCACUCUACAGUACUGCCAUUUAUCCAGAGAUAGCAAUCAGUUUGAGUUUCCUGAUAAAGCUGUUUUAGAUUCUGCAAGAAUCAUCAUAACAACAACUGCCGUGGCUCGUUUCUUCCAUGACAUGAACCUCCCUGAAAACUACUUCAGCCACAUUCUGAUUGAUGAAGCUUCUCAGAUGUUGGAGUGUGAGGCUCUUAUGGCCCUGGGCUUAGCAGGUAAAAAUACACGUGUUGUUUUAGCAGGAGAUCACAUGCAGAUGGGACCCAAGCUCUUCUCUGUGAGACAAGACAAAUGCUCAGAACAUACUCUGCUCAAUCGCCUCUUCUAUUACUACCAAGCUGAAAACAGUGAUGGCGCCAAACAAAGCCGAAUCAUUUUCAAUGAAAACUUCCGUUCCACAAAGGACAUUGUGGAUUUUGUAUCAACACAUUUUUAUGUAGGAAGGAGUGAUGUGAUCAAAGCUAGAGGAAGUGUGCCUCCGCAUCCACAACAACAUGCCUUGCAGUUCCAUCAUGUGAGAGGAGAAUGCUUUUUGGACCCAACAAGUAUGUCCUGGUUCAAUAUGGAACAGAUUUUAAGCAUUAUUGACAUUGUGCAAGGAAUAAUGGAGAAUUGGCCUCAAGAAUGGGGCGAUAAAGAUCCAGAAUCAGUCUGUGUCCUUUCUCAAGGCAGACAGGUGUUGGAAAUCAGGCAAAGACUCCGUCAGCUUAGACUGCCCCGUUUCACUGUGGAGAAUGCUGAAAAUGUGCAAGGAAAACAGUUCAGAGUAAUAGUGAUUUCCACUGUGCACACUAAGGACAGCUUAUUGGAGAAUGACCGGACCUGUCUUGAGUUUUUCAAUGACAUACGAGUCCUGAACACAGUUAUGACAAGAGCCCAGUCUCAAAUAUUUGUUGUUGGAGAUGCAGCUGCACUUUGCUGUCAUCAGUUCGGUACAUGCUGGAGACUAUGGAGAUCAUACAUAGAGGAUUGCACCAACAAGGGAAGUGCCCAUGAUUUUACCUUGGAUUCUCUGAAACAAGAUCUUCUUGAGAUGUCUGAGCUCUGCAGAAGUGAGGAUGAAGAGAUCAGUGAUAGUGAAUCAACUACAUCUGAAAUACUAGACACAGAAGAUCCAAUACUUCAAGAGCUUCUUGAUGAGAGCAAAGACAUCAAUGUUGCAUUGACAGAGGAAGGCUUGUUUCCAGUUUUUCAACAUAAGCAGGGUGUCAGUAGUAUGAACAACCAAAUUACAGAAGAUGAUGAAGAGCAAUUGCUGACUAACUCUAAAAUACACAAACACUGUGAGCUGAUCAAAGAGUUUUAUGACCGUGGCUAUGCAAGACCACUUGACGAGCCCACUCAGAGAAUUGAUAUCAAGGGUAGAAAGAAUAUCGGACAGGCAUUCCCUGGAGACAAGGUAACAGUGGAGAUUCUGAGUGAGAUAUCAAAUCCUCCCAUUGGAAGAGUGAUCAACAUCCUUGAACGUGCAGAUACUGUCAAAGAAUUUGUCUGCACCCUUGAAAGACACGAUAGUCAAGUGAUGAUACCUAUCAACAAAUGCAUCUCCAAAAUCUACACACCAUUUUGGAUAGACAAACCAAACCACAUUGCUGUAAGAAAUCCUGAGAACCAUAGAGUAGAGAGGUUAAUCAAAAUCAAUGAAGAAGCACACAGAAAAUAUCUCUUCAUUGUCAAAGUGCUUAAGUGGAGAAAUGAUUGCAAGUACCCUUUGGGGAUUGUUGUGGGACAGUUUCCAAAAGUAACAACUUUAGAAGAUGGACUGGAGGUUCUUGACAUAGAAUUCCAGUUGAGGAGAACACGUUCUUCAUCUUUGGAAAGACAGAUGAGUGACUUUCAAAGUCUUAAUUUAUUUGAAGAUGGGCGAAAAGAUUUUCGUAUGCUCCCAACAUUCACCAUUGAUCCUGCUGAUUCACAAGACCUUGAUGAUGCAAUCAGUGUACGGGAUUUAGGUGAGUGCUAUGAAAUAGGAGUUCACAUUUCUGAUGUUGCAAGUUUUGUUGCUAAAGACAGUGAACUGGACAAAUAUGCAAAACUGCUGUGUACUUCAUUCUAUCCAUGUGGAAAGGAGCCUAAACACAUGUUCCCCAAAGAACUGAGUACUGAUUUCUUCAGUUUGAUUCCUAACCAAAACAGACGAGCCAUCUCCUUAAUAAUACAAGUGGAUAACAAAAAACACUGCAUAAAGAAAAGAUUAAUUUGCAAGUCUGUCAUUCAAUCCAAGAGGAAAUUUUCUUAUGAUGAAGUUGAGGAUAUCCUUGAAAAUAAUCUUCAGCAAUCUGACUCGCUUCAAAUGUGCCUUGUGAAAGCAUGGAACUUUGCUGAGGUUCACAGGAGAUACAGAAAACAGGACGACUGGUGCUACAAAAUGCCAGACGAGGAUGUGACUCUUGGAAGAAGGCGAUCUCACCUAAUGGUAGAAGAGAUGAUGAUCAUGUUUAACCACACGGUUGCUGAACGUCUUCUGUUUGAUGAAACAACAAGGACCAUAACUCCACUGAGAUGCCAGGACAGGCCACAAAGUAAAAAACUUGCUUACCUUUUUGACAAAAAUUCCUCCCUGAUUCCACUAUCAGUUCACUUCUCAAGUAAAGUUCAUGAGUGUGAUCAUCUGUCUCAUGAACUGGAUAACCAAGGUUUGAUCCACCGUAGAGCCAUGCCAAACCCUCAGGCUGGCAUUUCUGAUUCUGAAACCUUCCCCAUAUUAAAAUCUGUUUUAAGAUGCCUGAAGACAGCAGCAGAGCAGAAAAAUAUCUACAAAGUAAUUGACUUUAUUGCAACUGAUGAGAUUCACCCCCAACUUCUCCCUUUUGUAAUCGCAAUUAGGGGACUGUUUCACAAAGCAUGUAUUCUGCGCUCAAACUCAACACAUGUCUCAAGAAUUGGCCACUAUGAUUUGGAUCUUGACAGCUAUACAUGGGCCUCAUCUCCAAUCCGCCGAUAUAUAGAUGUCAUUGUGCAGCGUCUUCUUCAUUCUGUGAUUGACAAGACAAAUGUUAAGUACACAGCUCGUGACAUUGACCUGUCUUGUAUGGAAUUUUCCAGGAAAAAUGACCAACAGUCAACAUAUGAGAGGAAAGCAAAUGCUCUACAUUUUGCAAUAGAACUGUCAACCCAAAGUGAAAGGAAGGUGGCAUACAUUGUGGAACUCAAUGCAUCAGGGACGAAUUUCAGAUUAUCCUUCCCACUUAACAGAACUUCUAUAUCAGAAAACUUAGACAUUAUGUACAGGGAUCUUCAGUUGGCAGAUCAACCACAGUUUGAUGAAACCAACAACUGCGUGAUCUUGAAAUGGGUGCGAAGGAUAUAUUCAUUCUCCAAUCCUCACAUCAUUGCGGAAGUGAAACAGCAAACUCCAAACUCAAUCAUGGCCUAUGUCUCUACAAAGACCUGGAAAGGCCUAGUAGCUGCUCUUAGAGAGGAAAAUUGGGAAAGAUUGUUUCCCCUGAUCGAGGAGCUUGACGUUAGCUCAAUGAAACAAUUCAAUGAAAGACCAAGAAAUGCUACAAGUUCAGGAAAAUCUGAUCCCAUGCACACUGAGCAUUAUGCUGAACUGUCAAUGAGAAUAAAGCCAGGUGAGGUGGUCGAGGUACAACUAGGUUCAGCCACGACAAGAGGACUAAUGACACCAGCAAUUCAGCUGUUUGUUGUACAUCCGAAAUUUGAGAUUUGUUUGGAGCAUGUGAAAGAUCCAAUCAAGUGUUUUUCAAAAUAUGCUUCCCACUCAUCACGGAACUCAUACAACACAUACAUGGAUUAUCAGAAAAUAUGGAAACCUUUAUGUGAAAUGGAGUCAGGCUCCAAUGCUGUUGCUGAAAAUGAGAGCAUUCUUAUUGAAGAUGCAGCUUUGAAAUGGAAAACCUCUCCUCCAAAGACGCAUCAGGGUUUUUUUCUCCUCCCACUUGACAAAAAAUCUCUGUGGUCCAUUGAAUGUGACCUCAAGAACAGUUUCCUCUGCAUUCGAACUAGGAUUGACCAGAGUAGUCCCUUUCAGGAAAACCCUCAGUGCACAACUCUUAUGAAUAUUCCUUCUGUCACGUGGGUGGCUCAUGGCAUAAUUACGGAAGUUGAAGUAAUUGAAUCCAAAGAACCAAAGAAUUUACAAAUUGAUUUUCAGAUUAACCACAUGCCUAUGACAAACAUUCCGGAAGCCAUAUUCUGGGAGAGGACCAGAUUUACUCUGGAGCUUAUUCCAAAGCUUCUGCCAGAUGUACGCAAAGAGGAUGCAAUUAACAGUCUAACCAAAGCCAACAACCUUGUCAAAAAUAUCGCCAUGGGCAGGAAAAUCAACUAUGAAGGAGGAUGCAACAAUUCAAAGCAGAUUCCAGCCAGAUUUGAGAUUGAUAGUUAUCUCCCUUCUGGGUUUUCCCAUCUAAACAACAGUCAGUGCAAAGCUAUAAGAGAAGCAUUGACUAACCCAUUCACUCUUAUCCAAGGACCACCAGGGACUGGAAAAACUGUUGUUGGUGUCCAUAUUGUGUAUUGGUUGCUCAAGAACAUCCAACUUCCUACCACCAAUUCACAGAAGAAGAGAGCUGUUCUGUACUGUGGCCCCUCAAAUAAGUCUGUUGAUGUUGUUGCAGGUCAUCUCCUUAAACUUCAAAAGGAACUUAGACCUCUCAGAGUCUACAGCGAUCAGACAGAAAUGUUGGAAUUUCCUUACCCAGACUGCAAUCUAAAGCUGUCACGUAAUUCUAAACGUGGCGAAAAACCCAACACAGAGCUCGGUUCCAUUGCACUUCACCACCUGAUUCGAAAAGAUGGCAACCCAUAUUCUACACAAAUAUUAGCUUUUGAUAAGAAAAUUGAAAGAGGAGAUAAAUUCACAGAUGAAGAAAAAAAACUCUUCAGUGAAACCCUCAAAAAGGCUCGAAAACAUGAAUUACUGCGGCAUGAUGUCAUCUUGUGCACUUGCACAGCAGCCUCGCACCCUGCCUUAGCUGAUGCCCUCGACUUCAAACAGAUCAUCAUUGAUGAAUGUGCCAUGGCAACUGAACCCGAAGCCUUUAUUCCACUAGUGGCUCAUAAGCCUGAGCAGAUUGUUCUUCUGGGAGAUCAUAAGCAGCUGCAACCUGUAGUCCACUGUGACGUGGUGGAGCGAUUGGGAAUGAGCAAAUCUCUUUUUGAACGUUACACGGAGAAAGCAUUCUUGCUUGACACUCAAUACAGAAUGCAAGAAGACAUUUGUGCAUUUCCAUCAAAGCAGUUCUAUGAAGGAAAGUUAAUAACUGGAACAUCACCCAAACCAAGUCUUUUCCUUGCUAAUUCAAGGCACACGUGCAUAGUUUUUGGUCAUGUUGAAGGAAAGGAGAAAAGUCUGGUGGUCCGGACUGAACGGGGGAAUGAAAACUCCAAGGGAAAUUUGGAGGAGGCAGAAGAAGUGGUGCGGAUCGCUAUUCUUUUGACUGAGGCUGGGAUACAGAAAAAGGACAUUGCCAUUCUUACACCAUAUAAUGCUCAAGUGUCAAAUAUUGAGAAAUCCCUGCUCAAUAAGGGAAUGAGUGACAUCACGUACAACACCAUCAUGAAAAGUCAAGGAAGUGAAUGGAAAUAUGUCAUCAUAUCAACUGUGCGCUCUUGUCCCAAAACUGAUAUAGAAACACAACCAACCCAAUCCUGGAUUAUAAAGCGACUUGGAUUCAUCAUGGACCCACACCAAGUUAACGUGGGCAUUACCAGGGCACAAGAAGGCCUGUGCAUCAUUGGUAAUGAGAACUUGCUGCGGUGCAGUGUGUUGUGGAGAAGACUUCUGGAUCAUUAUAAGGAGAAAGGAUGUGUAGUGAAUCCGGCCCGGCACAUCCAGGUUCAAAAACCCAACAGAAGUCUGGGAAUGAAGAGAACUGCUAGAAGAUGAUGGGCUUCAUGCAGUUUUAUUUUUGUAGCUGCAUUUCCUUUAUAGCUGUGUUAAAUGUGCACUUAUAUACUCUACAUUUACUCAUUUAUACAUUAAUUUGUGAUUGUUUAAAAACAAUAUGCACAGCAGGGAACAUUGCAUUUUGUCAGAUCAGUUUGCUAUACACAAAUAUCAUCAUAAAAAUAACUACUCUUCAAUGGCACUUUAGUAUAAAUUAACUUUUUAUUAACUUUUAAUUUAUGCCUUUUUGUGAAGUUUGCAUUACUCAACCAUUAAUUAAUAAAGAAAAAAAAAUUUGCAUUAAGUUUGUUACAUCAAAUCUUAAUUUUUGUAUAUAUAGAUGCAAAAAAAAGGACGAAGGACAUUUUUAUUCACCUCAAUUCUUAAAUCAGUUUUACCAAAACAGCACCACAACCCUUUAACUAUUGCAAUGUUAGUGUUUGACCACUUAGAGGUGGUCUGAUACCAUAUAACGCAAAACCUAAGGCAAAUUUAAAUUUUUAACUGUAUAUGCUUUGUAAUUGUUUUACAUAUUUUACAUAAUUUAAAUUUAAAUUUUUGUAGUACUUUUGUGUAUGAGUAAUAUAUUUGUGUACUGUUAAUAUAUUUCAUAAAUUAUGUUUACUGUGCAGCACAUUAGAUAAUGUACACAACAGUCGAUACAGGAGCUGCAGAAUGUAUUUGGAAAACCGAAGUCACAAAUAAAAAUCUGAUUGAUUGGA